ACAGGAAACAGAUAGAAACAGAUAGAAACAGUAAAGGUUAAUUGUGCAGGUGAGGAACAUGAGAAAGAGGCAGCAGCCUGCAGGCAAUAACUAGAUCCUCAGUCAGGUCAGAAACUCAAGCAUCUGUCGACGCAUCCAGCCCGGUGUAUAUAAGCCUGAGCCAGCUGUCAUCAGCCACCACAAAGCCUGAGAACUGCUUUUGCCGCUGCUGCUGCUUUGGACCUGCACGGAGAGGACACUACCGAGCCAACAGCGGAGCAACAUGUCGCUCACCUCCAUCCUAUCAGCUGAGGCCAUUGAAAAGGCUGUCAUGGACUGUCAAGUUCCGGACUCAUUCUGCCACAAGAAGUUCUUCAGUCUGUGUGGCCUGUCCUCAAAGACGCCCAAGGAGGUCCAAGAUGUCUUCCAGAUCCUCGACGAUGACAAAAGCGGCUUCAUCGAGGAGUCUGAGCUCAAGUACUUCCUGCAGCGGUUCGUCCCCGGGGCACGGACACUGACUGAGGCAGAAACCAAGAGCUUCAUCUCAGCAGCUGAUGGUGACAGUGAUGGCAAAGUUGGAGUAGAGGAGUUCCGUUCUUUGGUGCAGUCCUGAGUUUUGCAGAUAAAGAGAUAAAGAGAGCUCAAGUCUUCAGUCAACCCCCACCUCCCAUCUCUGGAGUCACAUGAUCCCAACCUCCAUUCAGGGAUUUCUUUUCUACUGAAUUUGGUGUGUGUUCAUUGUUUUUAAAGGACCAUUUAAAGACAAUAGACUUUUAAUUUGUCUUUCCACUGUGUUGGUCCAUGUUUUCCUGUCUGUGCACAUUCAAUAUCUGAUAUGAAUAAACACGUGGAAACAUA